CGGUACUUGCCCUUUAAAAGAGCGGGGGCCUGCGCCACACCGCGGGUAGCAAGACGCACGACUGCUUUCCUGGAGCAUCUUUAUCUCGUCUUCCAUCCGCAUCUCGCUCCACUGGUCCAGCUGUCAUCCUCUUGGCGCAGAUUCGGGCGAGCCCGGCCAUGCAGCCGGCUGUGCUUCUCGGCCUCCUGGGAGCCACGAUGGUGGCCGCGGUCAGUUCUAUGCCAGCGGAUAACAGGAACCACAGUGAAGAAAUGGUGACUCGCUGCAUCAUCGAGGUCCUCUCAAAUGCCCUGUCAAAGUCCAACGCUCCACCCAUCACUCCUGAAUGCCGACAAGUCCUGAAAAACAGUGGAAAAGAGGUUAAAGAUGAAGAGAAAAGUAAAAAUGAAAACACAAGGUUUGAAGUAAGAUUGUUAAGAGACUCAGCUGAUGCCUCAGAAGCCCGAGGGCCCUCCAGCAGGGAGGACACAGGAGUCCCAGGGGAGAUGGACACACAAGGCCCAUCAGUGGCCAACACAGAGGGAGGUGGGCACAGCCGAGAGGGAGCAGGCGAGUCCCAGGGGAGCCUCUACCCCUCUGACAGUCAAGUCUCCAAAGAAGUAAAGACAUACCAUUCUGAGAAGAGUGAGGGAGAGGACAGGGAGGAAGAGGAAGGAGAGAAAUAUCAGAAAAGAGAGCAUGGGGAUGGUGGCAGUGAAGAGAAACACCUAGAAGAGCCAGGAGAGACACCAAAUGCCUUUCUUGACAAAAGAAAUCAGGCCACAGCUAAGAAGGAAGAGGAGGUAGUGUCCAGAUACGACACACACUCGGCCAGGCUCCCUGAGGAAAAGACACACAGCCAGGAGAGGAGUAGCCAAGAGAGUCCAGAAGAGACAAGGAGCCAGGAGAAACACGUCCAAGAGUCUAAAAGUCAGCCUGGGAGCCAGGAAGAAUCUGAGGAAAGUGAGGAAGAUGCCAGCCACGAGGUGGACAAACGACGCUUGAGGCCACGACAUCACCAUGGGUGGAGCAGGCCUGACAGGUCAUCUCAGGAAAGGAAUCCUCCCUCUGAGGCAGGGGGACAACCCCAUGAGCAAUCUGAGGAGUCAAACGUGGGCCCGGCCAGCGUGGGGGACAAGAGGGGCCAUUAUCCCACCCACGACAGGGCUUCAGAGGAAGAACCCGAAUAUGGGGAAGAAGUGAGGAGUUACUAUGCAGGCGUCCAGGCUCCUGAGAGCCUGGAGGGGGCACGAUAUUGGAGCAGAGGAAGUGAGAAGUACAGGGCUGCCAGGCCUCCCAGUGAGGAGAUCCAGGAGGAGCAGGACAAGAGAAAUCGCCCCAACUCAGAGCAUGACAACACGGCACGUGGAUAUGGUAAGGACAGCGAGGAAGAGAGGGGCCCAGAGUGGGGGUACCGCUACAGAGCUAGGGGUGGGGAACAUGGUGCCUAUUCUCCUCCAAACAAAGAAGAGAAACGAUUCUUGGGUGAAGGACGCUACCGUGUUCAAGAAAACCAGAUGGACCAGGCACGAAGGCACCUACAAGGGGAGUGGCAAGAGCAGGACAGAAACUACCUCAACUAUGGUGAGGAAAAUGGUGAGGAAGGAGCCCACGGGCCGUGGCAGCAGCAGGAGGACCUGCAAGACACUAAAGACAACAGGGAGGAAGCUAGGCUUCAAGGCAAGCAGUAUGCUCCCUAUCACACCACCGAAAAGAGGAAGAGAUUAGGGGAGCUGCUCAACCCGUACUACGCCCCUUCCCAGUGGAAGAGCAGCCGUUUAGAGAGAAAAGGCAACACGGAUGACAGUUUACUGGAGGGUGAAGAGGGAAAUGGCCUGACCUUGAAUGAGAAGAAUUUCUUCCCAGAAUACAACUAUGACUGGUGGGAGAAAAAGCCCUUUGAGGAGGAUGUGAACUGGGGAUACGAGAAGAGAAACCUCGUCCCCAAACUGGAUCUGAAAAGGCAGUAUGACCGCGUGGCUGAGCUGGACCAGCUCCUGCACUACAGGAAGAAGUCGGCCGAAUUUCCUGACUUCUAUGACUCCGAGGAGCCCCUGAGGCUGCGCCGCACCUCAGACAAUGAGAAGGAUGCGGCUCGCCCAGGAGUGCUGACAGAGGAAGAGGAAAAAGAACUUGAAAACUUGGCUGCAAUGGAUUUGGAGCUACAGAAAAUAGCUGAGAAGUUCAGUGGUAAUCGAAGGGGCUGAUGGUUGUUGGAGCCAAGGGCCUGUUUAAGAAGUAGGCUUCACAUCACCUGUUCCUACCACAUAACUGAGAGACACCAUUUAUUUACCCAGAGGCAGAAAGUAGAAUUUACUAUUUAUUAAGUGCUUGAGGCAAUUAGAAAUGUCUUUAAUUUUUGCCAGAAUGCUAUUGAAAAUAAGAAUAGCAUGACUUGUAGCAUAUUCUUUCUCUGCAAAAAUUGACCUAUUAACAUGCUUGUGACAAUGACUGUGCUACCAUCCUUGAAAAAAACGUGUUUGCAUCUGUUUAAAAUAAUAAAAGAUUCACCUGAAGCCAAAAAGCUUCAUGUUCUCAGAUU